CCUAAGUUUAAGAGGGCCAGAGACCUUCAAGGUAGUUGUACCUUGUUCUUAAACGUUGUACCUUUGCUUUUCGUUCUGGUUUUCCUGAAAGUAAUAGCAACACUAUUCAUUGCCUUUGCUUCUGAUACAAACACUCAAUCUCCGAAGAAAUUUGCGCCGAGAGAUGGAAGAAGAAAUGGAGAUGGAGUUACCUGUGUUUGAGGCGCGUGAGAUUGACCUCGACUACGAGUUCGAUGCGGCUCGGUUCUUCGACUUCACUCGCGAAGAGUCUUUCCCUGAGGCGCGUGAGGCUGAGCUCUGGUUCGAGUCGGCGCCGAGUUAUCCACCUUCUCCCUUUGUGGCAAAAUUAGUGUUAAGAGAGGACAUUCUCCUUAAAAAUGUGAAUACAUCUCCAAAAUCUAUAGUUAACACAUCGCUGGAUAAUGACUCUAAUAGUUACGUGGACCCCGAAUUCUCCCAAAUAGAGAUGAGUGAGGGUAUCUUCACCAACAUACAUGGUGGUGAUCUACAAAAGGUCUGGUAUAAACCAUUAGACUUAGCUAAAGGAUUGAAAUUUUACGAUCACAUGUCUAGUGAUAAAGCAAAAGCAAAAGCUAAACCUGUAAAGACACAUACCUGUAGGAUCUCAACUUUGAUGAAACCAACAACAAGUCAGUUGGCCAAGCAAAAUCGGCCUGCUCAAGUUGCUAAUUCUAGAUUUCAGAUGCUACCAAUUCAAAAAGGUGAAAAGAGCCUGUGCAAUUCUUUUCUGGUUGAAAGUCAAGCUCCUAAGAGGCAGAAACUAGAGGGAGGUCACUUGCGUAAGGCUGCUGAUGACAAGCUGCAAACUAACUUUGUUCACAAGGCACCUAAAAAGGAUGGAACUUUUGAUAAAAACUCUGUGCAGGUGAAGCUGAAACUCACUGUUCCUAGAGAGCCUGACCUUGAAACAGCACAUAGGGCCCAAAGGACAAGGCCAAAGAAUAUUGCAGAACGAGAAAAUGAUACAGCAGCAGCACAUAGAUUUAAAGCAAGGCCAUUGAACAGAAAAAUUCUCAAGGCUCCGACCUUGCCGAUUCCGAAGAAGAGUGCUCCAAAGUUGCCAGAAUUUCAAGAAUUUCACUUGAAGACAUUGGACAGGGCCAUGCUGCACACAUCAUCUGUUCCAUCUUCUGUACACUACAACAGUGUUUCUGACAAGUCUUUGCAGGAAUCCAAUAAACCUAGUACUGUUUCUGUGGCGGGACAUGGAAAUACAGAUUUUGGGGGAACUGCUCAUACUUUGACUGGAGUAAUUAGCUUAAAUGCUCCAAAGAAGGAUGUGAUAAUGCACAGUUUUAAAGCUCGUCCUCUCAAUAGGAAGAUAUUUUCAAGUAAAGGAGAUAUUGGCAUUUUCCGGAAUAGUAAACGGGAAACCACAGUACCAAUGGAAUUUAGUUUCCAAAGUGGGAAGAGGAUUCAGCCUAAUUUACCAAUUGAUCUUUUCAGCAAGCUCUCCCUGACAUCAGAACUACAGCCAAGAAAUGGAUCUCAAUUGAAAUUGCCCCAAUCUACCUUCAUGGCUACGAAGAGCUCAAAAGAAAAUAGAUUGAAUUCAUUCCAGCCAGAAUGUGAGUCAGGACAUCUGGUGAAAGAAAAAUCAUCUGUUUUUGGUGGGAAGCAGAAUCAAUGGUGCAAUGAUGAAGUUGGUACCUGCUUGAAUGCAAGGAGGAGUUUGGGCAUCCGCUGAGAGUAGUUACUUUAUAAUUGCAAAACUUUCUACAGCUUGUUUGUUGCUGUAUGAAAUCCAUGGAAGGCACAGUUCAACAUUUUACCUCUCAAGUCACUGAUCUAACAAAUUUACGUUAAGCGAACCUCUUUGUCCAUACAAUCCGUAGCUGGCUGUGCAUACUCAAUAAUUUGAAGGCAAAUGUUGUACAGCUGUCAAGGCCGCCUCACUCAUACCAUCUUUUUUUGAAGCUUUAACUUUGUAACAGAAAUUAAUUGAGAAAUAUAUCCUACCCUUUUCUGCAA